UCCUCCCAUCACCACUCUCCGGUUCUGUUGGCCCGGUGACUCCGGCUCGGCACUAGUCAUCACCAGAGCCGGUACCGGGUGGAUGGGGAGCAGCCGCCGCAGCAGCAGUUGGGCGCACCGACCGAAGCAUGCCUUAGCGCAGCCAUGACUUGCUCGGCGUCAGACAGCGAGAAGAUCGUAAUCAACUGCGGCGGGAUCCGGCACGAGACCUACAGGAGCACUUUGAAGACGUUACCGGGGACACGCUUGUCCUGGCUGACCGAACCUGACGCCUUCAGUAACUUCGACUACGACCCGAAGUCCGAUGAGUUUUUCUUCGAUCGGCACCCAGCCACCUUCGCGUUCAUCCUGAACUACUACCGGACUGGAAAGCUCCACUGUCCCAACAAUGUCUGCGGUCCGCUGUUCGAGGAGGAGCUCGCUUUCUGGGGCAUCGAUGAGACGGACGUGGAGGCAUGCUGCUGGAUGAACUACCGGCAGCACCGUGACGCCGAGGAAGCCCUGGACAGCUUUGAGACUCCCGAACCGGACGCACCCGAGGAUGACCCGGCGCUCACUGGUGGAGCGGACGGAGACCUGAAGCGGCUCUGCAUGCAGGAGGAUGGCCGCAGGGCGACGUGGUGGGAAGUGUGGCAGCCCAGGAUGUGGGCGCUGUUCGAGGACCCCUACUCCUCCAAGUACGCGCGGUACGUGGCAUUUGGCUCACUCUUCUUCAUCCUCCUUUCCAUCUCCACAUUCUGCUUGGAGACCCACGAGGCCUUCAACACCAUCUACAACAAAACUGAGACUAUCACAGUCGACAAUGUAACACGUGAUGAGAUCGUCUAUGAAGUUGUUACCGAUGGCUGGCUGACCUAUGUGGAGGGCGUCUGUGUCAUCUGGUUCACGAUUGAGGUGAUGGCUCGUGUCGUCUUUUGCCCCGACAAGGCAGAGUUCUUCCGCAGCACCCUUAACAUCAUUGACUUUGUGGCUAUUGUGCCCUUUUAUUUAGAGGUAGCACUCAGUGGCCUCUCUUCCAAAACAGCCAAAGAUAUUCUCAGCUUUCUGCGCGUGGUGCGUUUUGUCCGUAUCCUGCGUAUAUUCAAGCUGACCCGCCACUUUGUUGGUUUACGAGUCCUUGGCCACACCCUGCGGGCAAGCACCAAUGAAUUCUUGCUGCUAAUAAUUUUUCUGGCGCUGGGCGUCCUCAUUUUUGCUACCAUGAUCUACUAUGCUGAACGUAUUGGUGCUGACCCAGGCGAUCCAACAGCUGCAGCUCACACUUAUUUUAAGAACAUCCCCAUUGGCUUCUGGUGGGCUGUGGUUACUAUGACCACCUUGGGAUAUGGUGAUAUGUACCCUAUGACAUGGUCAGGAAUGCUGGUGGGUGCCCUCUGUGCCUUGGCAGGUGUCCUGACUAUUGCUAUGCCUGUUCCUGUCAUUGUCAACAAUUUCGGCAUGUACUAUUCCUUGGCCAUGGCCAAGCAAAAGCUCCCCAAGAAGAGGAACAAGCACAUCCCAAGAGCACCGCAGCCAGGAAGCCCCAAUUACUGCAAGCCAGAUGCUCUAGCCAUGGCAACAGCCUCUCCAGACAGACUAAUGGGCAAUGUGCUUGGGCCAGUCAUGAUGGGAUCCGGCAGCAUGAUUGGGACCGGAGACUGUCCCCUGGCACAGGAAGAGAUUAUUGAGAUAAACAGGGCAGAUUCCAAGCAGAAUGGUGAAACAGCAGCGAAUGCAGCAGCCCUGGCCAACGAGGACUGCCCCACCAUAGACCAAGUCCUUGGGGACGAGCGCAGCCCAGCCACUGGUGGUCUCGGCUCCAACACCAGUCGCGAGCGCUACCCCCACGACAGAGCCUGCUUUCUGCUGAGUGCUGGGGAGUUUCAGCGCACCACAGAUGGGAAUGUUCGGAAAGUUCUGAGCUUCUAACUGUACUCCCACUGGAGAGGAGCCCCUAAACUCUCCUACUUAACUUCCACCAAACGUUUGCCGAGCAGAACCUGAAACAGAAGAGACCGACUCACGCCGACUGAAUGUUCUUCAACCCCCAACCAACCAGGAUAAAAAGCAUGAAGCCAUUGUGAGGACAAGAGACAGGGACAUGAGAGGCUUCAGACACCAACAGAACAGAGACAUGAAGCACCAUCAUCUAUAACUGCUGGUUCCCAGAAAAAGAUCCAUAGAUGCAGCCCUGGUGGGGACGUGUCCUGCUGGUGCUGAUGUGUCCUUUUCCACCAAAGAAGAUUCAGCAUUUCUGCCUGUGCACCUCUGCUGAGCCCCAGCAGGCUGAAGCCGAUCAAACAUAUCAGAAAUACAAGCCAUAAAUCAUGUGACUGAAACCUGCUCAUUAACUGUCCUCCAAGGUUCAGAACGAUAAACGCUCCGCUGAUCAAUCACAACACCCAUGGACAACUCCUACAACUUUCAACCUACCAGACAGACAUGGUGGACAGACAUGUAGUGGACAGACAUGGUGGACAGACACAUGGUGGACAGACACAUAGUGGACAGACAUGGUGGACAGACACAUGGUGGACAGACACGUAGUGGACAGACAUGGUGGACAGACACGUAGUGGACAGACAUGGUGGACAGACACAUGGUGGACAGACACGUAGUGGACAGACAUGGUGGACAGGCACGUAGUGGACAGACAUGGUGGACAGACACAUGGUGGACAGACACAUGGUGGACAGACACGUAGUGGACAGACAUGGUGGACAGACAUGGUGGACAGACACGUAGUGGACAGACAUGGUGGACAGAAACAUGGCGGACAGACACAUAGUGGACAGACAUGGUGGACAGACACGUAGUGGACAGACAUGGUGGACAGAAACAUGGCGGACAGACACAUAGUGGACAGACAUGGUGGACAGACACGUAGUGGACAGACAUGGUGGACAGACACAUGGCGGACAGACACAUAGUGGACAGACAUGGUGGACAGACACAUGGUGGACA